CCGCUAUUUCACAAGCCGGCUCUUCUGGCUCACACGCUGGGCUCCAGGCAGAGGGCCUUUCAUCCUCCCCGGAGCCAGACGGCCAGCUCUGGCCUCUCCCGGUCCACGCCAUGGCCAAGACCCCCAGCGACCACCUGCUGUUCUCCCUGGAGGAGCUGGUGCCCUAUGACUUUGAGAAGUUCAAGUUCAAACUGCAGAACACCAGCCUGGAGAAGGAGCAGCCCCGCAUCCCCCGGGGCCUGCUGCAGAUGGCAGGGCCAGUGAAGGUGGCCUCUCUGCUCAUCAACCACUACGGGGAGGAGUAUGCCCUGCGGCUGACCAUGCAGGUGCUGCGGGCCAUCAACCAGCGCCUCCUGGCAGAGGAGCUCCUUAGAGCCGCUGGGCAGGAGUGUCCACUACAAGAAGGAGUCACGGACAGUUCUGCGACAUCUUGUUCCUCCGGGGAGACUAAGCCCAAGAGCCUGAAGAUACCAGAUGGCCCAGAAAGUUCCGGGCAGCAGCAAAGGGGCAAUGGGUCGCCCAGCCUGCUGUCCAGCCAGCCUGAGGCUGAGAAAGGGUCCCAGAAGAGGUACCCAGGCAAACGGAGAGAGGAGAAGGGCUCCGAGGGCCCAGAGGGGCAGGGCAAGCAAGGGGCCAGGGGCACAACUCGGAUUUCCAGGAGGAACAUUUUCCUGUCUCCGGGCAGGGUGCCCUGGGAGAAGGAGAAGGAGAGUCCCAGGCUGCGCAGGAACGCCUUCUCGUCCAGCGGGCUCUCCGAGCUCUCCAUCCGGUCAUUUUCUGGGUCCUUGGGAAGGACAGCGAUCAGGAAAUCUGAAACACAUUUACCCUCAGGAAAGAAGAGACCCAAAAGUCUCGAAUUUGCCAUUCCUUCAGGAGAGAGAGGACCCCCAAAUUCAGAAACCCUUCUGAUGCAGGAUGGGACAAGAAUCAGUCCAGACUCAACAGCCAUUCCCAGAAAAGUGGCCACUCUGUAUGUAGAGGCUACUGUGGCUCCAGAGCAAGGUUCCAGGAAUCCAGAAGUUGCCGUGACUCUGGAGGGGCUGGCAUUCAAGAACACACUUGACAAUGCUUCACAGACUGGGGAGAAGACCUGGGGGCAUACGGAAUCCACAGACCACUCUAAAGAGAAUGGAAUUGGGAGUCCAGAGGCCCCUGUGCCCUUGGGGGAAAUGGUAGACAGUGCACUCCAUGGGCCUGCAAAUCCACAAGUCUUUCCAUCACUGGGGAGGAAAGGAUCCCAGAAUCCAGAAGAUCCGCCAUCCUUACAAAUUACAGCCUAUGAAGGGAGGCCGCAGGACACGGCUGCGUAUUCCUUUUGCCAGGCCCAGGAAGGAGACCAGGUUUGUGGUCCCUGUGUGCAUGGUUCCUGCAGCUGCUCUGUUGCUUCUGGGGACUCAGGUGGCCACUCGUCCAGCUGCCCACUGUACCAGGCCCCACUCCCACGGCAAUGCUCAAAAAGCCGGGAGCAGCCAAAGGACCCGCAGGUGGCCAGCCUCGGCUCCGAUCCCCCACCGCAGUGUGAGCGGCACAUGAAGCAGCCCCGCCUGCUCUUCUGCGAGGACCACCGGGAGGCCGUGUGCCUCAUCUGCAGCCUGAGCCAGGAGCACCGAGGCCAUCAGGUGCGCCCCAUCGAGGAGGUGGCUUUUGAAUGCAAGGAGCAAAUUAAGAGGCAGCUGGAGCAUCUGAAGGAUUUGAAAAAGUAUGGGGAGGAGCAGAAAUCCGAGGGGGAUAAGGAAACAGCAAACUUCCUGAAGCAAAUCGAAACUCAGAAGCAGAGGGUGCAGGGCCAGCUGGAGCAGCUGUGCCGGUUUCUGGAGGAGCAACAACAGCACUUCGUGGCCUGGCUGGAGGCGCUGGGCCAGUCCAUCUGCCAGGUCGGGGGUGCGUACGGCACCCGUGUGUCCCAGGACAUCGCCUUUCUCGACGAGCUCAUUGGGGGGCUGGAAGCCAAGCAGUGCCAACUGGCUUGGGAGCUUAUGCAGGACAUCGGAGACACCCUGCACAGGGCCAAGACAGUGGCCGUCCCUGAGUCGUGGGCCACCCCUCCAGAGGUGAAAGAGAAGCUGCACCUCCUCUACCGGCGAUCGGAGUCUGUGGAGAAGAGCAUGAAGAACUUCUCGGAAACCCUCCGUCUGGAAAUGGGGACUUUCCACGAUGAGCCUGGUGGAGCUGUUUCAGAGCUGACAGGUGCUCAGGCCCAUGCGGUGAACGUGACUCUGGAUGCAGAAACUGCCCAUCCUAACCUCAUCUUCUCCAACGAUCUGAAGAGUGUGAGACUUGGAAACAAGGAGAAGCAGCUGCCCCGUGGCUCAGAAAGAUUCGAUAGCUGCAUCAUGGCCCUGGGCUCUCAAACCUUCCUCUCUGGUCGCCAAUACUGGGAGGUGGAAGUGGGAGACAAAACGGGGUGGGUCCUGGGAGUGUGUGAGGCGUCCAUUAGCAAGAAGGGUAACAUGGCCCUGUCACCCGAGAACGGCUACUGGGUGGUGAUAAUGACGAAGGAGAAAGAAUACCAGGCCUCCACCUUGCCCCCCACCCGUCUACGGCUGAGGGAGCCUCCCAAGCGGGUGGGCGUCUUCCUGAACUGUGAGGCCGGAGACAUUUCCUUUUAUAACGUGAUGGCCAAAUCCCACAUCUACACAUUCACUUGCUCUUCCUCCGGGCCCCUUCAACCCAUCUUCAGCCCUGGUGCGCAUGACGGAAGGAAGAACAGGGAGCCUCUCAUCAUCUGUCCAGUGGGUGGUCGGGAGCCUCACUGAAUGGCCAACAUUUUCAUCCCUUUCCCGGCACCCAACCUUGUACCCUGUGUUCAUACACUCAACAGUCAUUACUGAAUGCCUACUGGGUGCCAAGUGCUGUGGAUAAUACACGAAAGAGAAAACAGUCCCUGUGCCCAAGGAGCUUACAGAAUAGUAGUGGAGGUAAGCCAGACACACAAAUAUUGGCAAACCAAAAGUGAAGAGAACACAAACCCAAUGGCUUGCAGUGGAUUUCAGAAGAGGAAGUAAGUGGCUGUUGCUUAAUAAAUAGCUGGAUGAGUUAGCACCCUCAGCUGCCCCUGACGCAGAGGAGUCUGCCUUUGUUUUUCCUCAGAACUCAAUGACAAGGGUAUGUCCCCUCAUUCCAUCCUCCCAUCUCAAGGGCAUGAGAUGGCCUGAGAAAAAAAGAGCAGACUGGAUUGUUUAGAAAAGUAUUUUUGUACCUGGAUUAAAUAAACUAUGACACUUA